UAGGAGAAUGCAGACAGGAGGGGUGGAGUUCACAGCUCUUACUUUUCAAACGCUGCUCUGGCAGAAGAGCUCAUUCUUUGCCUGGCAAACAGCGGAGCUGGCGCUGAUGCGACCUGGCAUGUGAUCCCACUUUAGUUAAAUCAAUUGCCUCACUGCUGCAGCCUCCCAAUAAACUUUCCAUGCGGUUUCCCGACCAAUGGACAGCACUUAGCAGGUUUGUCUGGACCGUAUCCGCUACUGCUCGCUCAUCCGCUGCGCCCCGGCUCUUCGCCGUCGGCUCUCCAGGUUCAGAGGGACUCACGCGGCUCGAGGAGCUGGCCCGGGUCUCCUGCACACAUGGAGGGAGACGUUAUGGACAAAGUGGAGGCCACGGCGACGGUCUGUGACUUUGACCCCAUCAGUGGGAGCAUCCCGGCCACCAAAGUGGAGAUCACCGUGUCCUGCAGGAAUCUCCUGGACCGAGACACGUUCUCCAAAUCUGACCCAUUGGUGGUGUUGUACACGCAGGGCGUUGAGUCCAAACAGUGGAGAGAGUUUGGGAGAACAGAGGUGAUAGACAACACGCUAAACCCAGACUUUGUCAGGAAGUACAUCCUGGACUACUUCUUUGAGGAGAAGCAGACCCUGCGCUUUGACGUGUAUGACAUUGAUUCUAAAAGUCCAGAUCUGGCAAAGCAUCCUACCGACUUAAACGACUUCCUGGGACAGAUCUACUGUACACUGGGAGAGAUUGUGGGCUCACCUGCCAGUCGCCUGGAAAAACCUCUCGGUGGCAUACCUGGGAAGAAAUGUGGGACCAUUAUUUUGUCUGCUGAGGAGCUGGGAAACUGCAGAGAUUAUGCCACCAUGCAAUUCUGUGCCAACAAACUAGAUAAAAAGGACUUCUUUGGAAAGUCAGACCCCUUCAUGGUCUUCUACAGAAGCAACGAGGAUGGCACGUUUACCAUUUGCCACAAGACCGAGGUGGUGAAGAACACGCUGAACCCUGUGUGGCAGCCCUUCUCCAUCCCUGUCAGAGCGCUCUGCAAUGGAGACUAUGAAAGGACAAUUAAAUGGAGGUGUAUGACUGGGACGAGACGGAGCCAUGAUUUCAUCGGGGAAUUCACCACCAUCUAUAAAGAGCUAUGUCGGGGUCAGAACCAGUUAAACGUCUACGAGGUGGUGAACGCCAAGAAGAAAAUAAAGAAAAAGAGAUACAUCCACUCUGGGACGGUGUCCUUGUUGUCAUUCAGUGUGGAGUCAGAGCACACCUUCCUGGAUUACAUCAAAGGAGGGACUCAGAUUCACUUCACAGUGGCCAUUGAUUUCACUGCAUCAAACGGAAAUCCGUCCCAGUCCACUUCACUGCACUACAUGAACCCGUACCAGAUGAAUGCCUAUGCCAUGGCCCUGAAGGCCGUGGGAGAGAUCAUCCAGGACUACGACAGUGAUAAGAUGUUCCCUGCCCUGGGAUUCGGUGCUAAGCUACCCCCUGAUGGGAGGGUCUCCCACGAGUUUCCUCUGAAUGGCAACAUUGAGAACCCGUACUGUAACGGCAUGGAAGGGAUUCUCGAAGCUUACCAUCAAAGCCUUAAGACGGUUCAGCUAUAUGGACCCACCAACUUUGCUCCUGUUGUUAAUCAUGUGGCAAGUUAUGCAGCAGCAGUGCAGGAUGGUUCUCAGUACUUUGUGCUGCUCAUCAUCACUGAUGGCGUCAUAUCAGACAUGGCUCAGACCAAGGAGGCUAUAGUGAAUGCAGCCAAACUCCCCAUGUCUAUCAUCAUUGUUGGAGUUGGCCAAGCUGAGUUUGAUGCCAUGAUUGAGCUGGAUGGUGAUGACAUCAGGAUUUCCUCGCGGGGGAAAUUGGCAGAGAGAGAUAUUGUACAGUUUGUCCCAUUCAGAGACUACAUGGACCGCACAGGCAACCACGUGCUGAGCAUGGCGCGGCUAGCUAAGGACGUACUGGCCGAGAUCCCUGACCAGCUGAUCUCCUACAUGAAGAGCAGAGGCAUUAAACCUAACCCUGUCCCACCAGCUUACUCGUUUGGGGAUCAACCCCAGACCAACCCCGUCUGAGCCCCACACACAGCUCCGCGUUGGGUUGGGGCAGGGUUGUGGUUGAGGGGAACCAGCCUCCACAACCAUCUUUUGGAAAGAAAUGGAAACACUUUUAAGGCCCUUUCGUAAAUAUUAUUUUGGCUAAACAAAAAAGUAGAUGAGACUCCAUUUUGUUUUGGAGAAAUACAACUGCUUUGGGUGAACCUGCUGAUAAUAAGGGAGUAUUUUUUUCUCUGAGGAUGAGAGUGCUGAGCGGAGCCAGGUGUAGUUGUUCGCUGUCAAACCUGUCAAAGUGGUGAUGUAAUGGAUAGCAAGUAAACCCGUAGAGAGAGCCUGUAUGAAGGCAUAAAUAUAUUAGAAUGUGGCAGUGUGUAUCAAGUUUGUGAUACCUUUUGGAAUUGAUGUGUGUUAUACUAUGAAAUCAUAUGUAUAGUAAUUUAUUUAUUUAUUUAUUUCAGAAAUAGUUUAUUCCUUUGAGGGGGUUUUAAAGGGUGGGGAUUAAAGUCAUAUUUUCCCUGUAGUUUUCAAUCUUAUAUUUUGUGACUAGUGUAAUAAAAAAGAUCCCCAUUUCUACUUUGAUAAGCACUGUAAUAUAAACGCAUGUGAUAAGACCUAUUCAGUAGCUAAUGAAUCAUUUUCACUGAUGGAUCAUUUUUGAUUGUGAGCCAUUAUGUAGAGGACCUGCUGUGAGCUGUUGCCAUACUGAUUUUCCAACACCAUGUCUUAUACGUAUUUCUAAUAUUUAUAUUAACAGUAUGCACUAAUUACUGUCUAAAUGAAAAGCACAAAGGUUAAAAUGUUAAUGAGCUCAAAACCAUUAUCGCAAAGAAAAUAACUGAAAGGAACCCACAUUAAGUUCUCAAUACGCUUUAGCAUUAGUUCAAACCGGAUGAAACAGGAGGAAUGUUUAUGAGGAAAGGACUAUACUAAUAUACAUAUACAUUACACAUAUAUAUAAACAUAUAUAUUUAUAUAUAAUAUAUGUAUAUAUAUAUAUUUACCUUGUAUAUGUUAAAAACAUAUGUAUCAUAAAAAGCAUGUUUACAGAAAUAUAGAUGAAUAAUUCAAAGCACAUACUUGCUUUCACUGCUUGUAUGCAGAGAGGUAAAUUAUAAGUCCUGCUGCCAUAUUUCAUUCAGCAUCUCACUGUUUGUGUUUCUUUCCAUUACGUUUCUUGUGGUUACAGUUUAUUGUCUGGGAUUUUCCUUGGACCCUACAAAUACACUUUCGAAAGACUCUUAAAUUGAUUUGGUUUUUCCUGGAAUGAAAACUGAACAAUCACAAAUCUUGCAAUGAAAUAUUUGGGCGUUGAAUGUUUUUUUUUGUUGUUGAAGAAAACUAUUUUUGUUCUGAUUCAUUCAGGACGGCACAUUUUAUAAAAAAAACCCAUUGUGAUGCCAUUUUACUACCUUAGAUACAAUUUGACAUUUCUUUUACAAUUUAAUUCAAGCCAGAUAUGUUCACAUUUCUUUUUAGUGACUGUGUACACAUUGCUUAAGACAGUUACAGCCAUUGUGGCCCAGUUGUGUACAUCAUAUCGAUUUAUAAUGUCCAUCAUUUCCAUUAUUAUCUGUCAGUCACUCAAUAUCUCGAUCCAAAUGUGCCUAUUAUAUGUAAACAUAUCCAAAUUCAGUUACCCAGGUGUUACUCUGCCAGCAGCAGCAGGUCUCAUGUUUAAGAUGUACACACAGAAAAUGUUGGUGACGAUAAAACUGUUAAAAGAUUAGGACUAUUACACGCUGCUCAUUCAGUGUCCUGUACCUUUUAUACUUACAGCUCUUCACUAAUUAUCUUUAAAAUAAUGAGUUAACAGUGUCGCUGAGCCUUGUACUAUAUUCAAAGUCAAGACUUGUUUACAACUCAACUGUGGCUCUUAACAAUGCCUCAAGGAAAAAGUAAACAUUCAUGGGGUUCAUUACGAAAUAAGUUUAUUUUUUCUCUUUAAGAGAGAGAGUUUCAUGAAAUGACAUUGGAGAAUUAACGUUUACAAAGUGUUGUCUUGUUCUCUGAGAAUGUGAAGCUUGGAUUUCUCACUGGUGUUAUAUUUUGUUUUAUGUUGGGAGCAAAUGUGUUUAUGUAAUUCAUGUUGCUUUAUGAUCUUUGUUAACUGCACAAUGUUCUCUCACUCUCAUUGCAUUAGUGCUCUCAGAGAGAAGUUUUGUGAUGAUACUGCAGAAAUUAGGUCCAGAGGCAGUGAAGUCCUUCUAUCACAGGCCCAGACCCAUAUUUGGCUUUUUUUUUUUUCUUUUUCUUUUUUAAAAUUAUUAUUAGCAAUGACAUUUCUCCCUCAGAAGAAAAAGCAGCGUUUAAUCUGCUGCCAAAUUCACUUGUUCAUCAGAAAUGAAAUGAGGCCAUUUAGUUACAUAACACACAUAAAUACCAGAAUACCUCUACAGAAAGCCAUUCAAGCCAAAAAGAAAUCAUGACUUUACAUUGAAUACAUUUCUUGUUAAAUAUAUUUUAAGAUUUGUUAUGAAUUACUGACUUAUGUAUCUGAUAUAUUUACUUUGCAGCAAACCUCUUCAAAUUUUACUUCUCAAAGUGAUUUGUUAUUGUCACAUUUUCAUUUAAAAAAUAAUCAGAAGUUAAUAAUUACUCACAAAAAAUGAAUUAGGGUACGUAUGUCAUUUGGCUGGCAUGUUAAGUCGGCAUCAGCAUGCAGCUCUGCAUGCAUAUACUGUGAGUGUGAUCGCAAAUGGCUGUAAGAAGAAAUUAAAUAAAAAAGUAGAGAUGGGGUUUUAUGUUGUGUGCACAUAUUUCAUCUAAUUAUUACUAAACAAGAAGGCUUUUUGGCCAUUUUACUAAGAUUAUAACAAGCUAUAUUUUCUUCACAGUGAUUAAAACAAACCCUCGGGAGUGAAAGAAGAAAAAAAUGUAAUAUGAAAUGAGCACAGUAAUGACAUUUCUGCAGUUGUGAAACAUUAAGGUAUUAUGAGAUAGAUUUUCCAGUCUAAAAGAUGUCUCUCCAACAAUACAAUUAAUUAUUUUCUCUCAGUGGAAAUGGCUUUGAUUAUCUUUUCAUUUUGAAACUUUCUUUGAGGCUGAACUCUAUUUAUGUACAUAUGCCCCGUAUAAAGAAUAUUCAGUGCCCAAAUGUGUUCAGUUGUUGGAAUUGGCCUCUUUAGACAAUGUGCAUGUUUGUGCCAAAAUGGCAGGAGGUUUGAUAGUCUACCUUCAUUUCACCUGAUAAGUGCAUCUGCCAUGUACUUUGUUUGUAACUUGGGAUGUUAUUUAGAGAUAACAGCCACUUCUAGCAUGUUGCAUCUCUGGUUUCUAUCCAUUCUGUUCCUAUGAGACACAUACUGUAUGAGUUCUUGACACUACUCUGUUUUAUCCCAGGUUGUUUACAUACCUCUCUUGAUCCUUUGAUUUGCAUGCUGAAUAAUUUCCAAACCAGGUGUUGGACAUGAUACUGUCGUCAUACGUGGUUUGUGAAAUGCUUUGUAAUGGAUUGCCUUAACUGAAGAUUAAUAAAAUAUUGACAACUUUGGCAGAAUA